UCAAAUUUGCAUGGAUUUGGAGGUUAAAGGAGUUGCUGCAUCUCCUAGAGGGCAAGCUGAGCGGUCAUCAAGGGGGAAGAAACUUAGUCAGGGAUGGAAACCAAAUAUACAAGCAACUCAUGGCCUUCGUCCAGCUGACUGCUCCUAGUGGGGAGUGAAGAGGAGCCAGGAUGGCCUUGAUAGAACUAUUUGAGGCUGGAAGUGAAGAUAGGGCCUUCCAGGGGCCCUUCACAGCUGCCAGUGUUCUCUGUAACUGGUGAUGAAGAAAGGCUCUGUUGCCACUUCUGAGGGUGCCAUGCCUUGAUUUGGGCAAGCUGGGGUCUUCAGAUGAAGAGGAUGGAGAUUCUUACAUACCAUACAGUAAGAGGUUUCCUUGCAUUGGCCCUCCAGAUUCAUCUUCAACUGUUAGUUGGGGUACACCAUUACAGACUCCUUAUGCACAGCAUCAUCAGACACAACAGCUGGCUAGAAAACAUUGUUGGAAGAAAAUGGAGCUUUCUUUGGAGCAAAAGACAAUACCAGAAAAUCUGCCAUCCCCAACAGACAAAUACAAACUAAAAUACCAGCAGUAUGAAGCAGAAAUGAAAGAGGGAUAUAAACAGUAUUCUCAGAGAACUGCAGAAAAGAAAAAAAACAAUGCCCAGUCUCAGGAAUCUUCAAGAAAAACAGCACAUAAAAAGGAUCCACAGCCUGAAGACAGGACUGAUCAUGAUCUUACGGCUCUUGAUGAGAGAGCCCUCUUGCAGCAAUGCUAUACAAGCAAGCCCUACACAAUGCAGCACAGCAUAAGGAAGUUAGAACCUGAGGAUGUAGCUGCAGAGAGGAGAAAGCAAACUGUAGUAGAGCAAGUGAUGGUGGAUCAGUUAUCUAGGGCUGUAAUAAGUGACCCAGAGCAAAGUACAAAUAUCAGUACUUACCAGAGAGAUUGGACCUUUCCAGAUCUUGGAACAGCACCGUUGCGCUUUAGAAAAAGAACGUUACAUGAAACAAAAAUAAGGACCAGAUCAGCAUUAACUGAAAAUGUGCUUUCUAAUAAGUUACGCUUUGAUGGCAGAAUUCUAUCAAGGAACGGGCGUGAUGCUUGCAGAGAGCUGAUUGGAUUCUUUUUUAUGUAUGACAGAUCUCUUACUGUAUAUGAGUAUCGACAAUUUGGAAAAAAUAGAACAAAUGCCCUACCUUUCAUUCAGAAAGGAGUUUAUAGUCAUCAGCAUGGACAAAGAAAAGGACAACAAUAUGAUCUUAGUGACUUUUAUGUUGGUGCUAACCUGACUUUUCUGAGUUGCAAUCUUAGCCUUCCAGAAAGUAUUAAACAGAACCCAAUACUUACCCUUCGUGUCACAAAUAUUGAUGAAGCUGCAAUGGAUAUUCUAAAAACUACUUCUGUGGGAAUCAAGCAAGACAUUACCCAGCAAGAGAUUGAUGAGAGCAGAGUUUUCAAGGUUGUUCAAGGUAUACUUAAAGACAAGCUAAGUAAAAGGGGAGUUCGUGUUGUAACAGGAUUAGGAAAAUACUUCCGAGAACUGGAUCGGAAGAGAGAUGGCGCUUUCUCUAAGGCAGUCUUUAAACAAGCUCUAACAGUAUUUCAUUUAGAAGUGCCUGAAAAGGAUUUUGAGUCUUUGUGGCUUAUUCUUGAUGACAACUGUAAUGAUAAAGUCGAUUAUGGGGAGUUCACUCGCGCCAUUAUUGGGGAAAUGAAUGAGUAUCGAAAAGCAUUUGUUAGAAAAGCUUAUAUGAAACUUGAUUUCAACAAAACUGGCAGUGUACCUAUGGUAGAUAUCAGAAAGUGUUAUUGUGCCAAGAAACACUCUCGAGUGUUGUCAGGUGAUGCCACAGAGGAAGAAAUUAAAUCUUCAUUUCUAGAAACACUAGAGGAUGCCUGCAGCAAUUCCGGUGAAGUGUCAUAUUAUGAGUUUGAAGAUUACUAUGAAGGAUUAAGUAUUGGAAUCAUGAAUGAUGAAGAUUUUGUUAAUAUUUUAAAGAAUGCUUGGGGAAUUUAGAACUGAAGAAUAUAUAGAAUGUCAUAAAACCCCCACUCCAAAAGAGGAGUAAAUUAAGUGAGGAUUUAUUUUUGAUAUGAGUUACUUUUUGAAUGAAUGUUUCAAAUUUGUUUUAAUAAUCUGAAAAUAUUUGAGUAAAUUUUCAGAAUGAUAUACAAGUUGUACAUAAAUCUCCCUUUGAAUAUUUUUAUGUACAUUUUGUGUUUUAUUAAACUGUAAAAUUUAUAAUGGCUUUGUGCACUUCCAUCUGGCAGCAAGAUCACUUGUCUCAUUAAAUUUACUGUAGUUUAUUUUAAAAACAGUAAUCUAGAAUAUAAACAUAGGUGAAAGGAUACAUGCAAGAGAAAACUUACUAUGCAUCAUAAGUACCUGUUGUAUGAUGUAUUGUUGAGAAGCUUUAGAUUUGACUAUCUAUGUUAUAUAUGAACACUGUGGGUUUUUUUUCUCUAAAAUGUGUUGCUCAUAAAAGAGGACAUUUGUUUUAUGAAAUGCGUAGGGCCAGAUUCUGCUUGGCUCUUACGUUGAUGAGAAGGAUGCAAGUCAUCCCUCCCUCCAAGUUGGGGAGAGAUGCACAAUACUAAAAAUGCAUAGAAAAUUAAGAACAGUGCAUACCUUCUUUUAAUGUUCUAAUUUUCAGAGCAAAAUAGAGCUUGUUCUGAAUAUAUUUACUGAUCUUCAUCAGACAUAGUAGAUUGAACCACAGGUUCUCCAAAGAUGUUAAAGAGAUGCUUUUGACUAGAGUUUGGAUAUAUUGUGCAUAUAGGUUGGAGAAAUGUGUUCCAGGGCCUGUCAUGUACUUCAGGCCUUACAACGUUUUGCUGAAUUGUUUUUUCAAACAAAUAAUAGAUUUACUCUUUCUAGAUUGUGACUUGCAUACAGUCUGCUGCUAUGAUAGUUAUUUUUGGUGGAACCUUAAUGGUAAACUCCUUAAUUCAAACUGAUAGGUU